GUGUGUAUGUGUGUGUGUAUGUGUGUGUUUAUGUGCUUUGAGGUAAGCAUGAACUGUUUCUAAAGCAACACGAAAUGUGGCUUAGCUUAUCGCAUUCUGCUGUUCUUCACCCCCUCUGUAUUUAUUUUUAAAUAAAAAAAAAAUAUAGCCGAGAACUCUCGUUUUAUUAUGGCCGCACACACUGAAGUUGCUCAAGUUGACUAUUCUGUUAAGCACUCUCUUCAAAACACUUGGACAUUGUGGUUUGAUAACCCAGGCAAAAAGACCAGUGCUCAAUCUUGGGCUGAUAAUUUGAAAGAAAUCAUCAACUUUGAUACAGUCGAGGACUUUUGGAGCACAUUCAAUAAUGUUUCCAAAAUCAACCACCUUUCACCCAACUCCAACUUUCACCUCUUCAAGCAAGGCAUUCGUCCCGAAUGGGAAGAUCCUUCCAAUGCAGAAGGUGGUAAGUUUGGUAUUCAACUCCCCAAGAGUAAGGCAGGUGAUGCCAUUAACGAACAUUGGAUGAAUCUUCUCUUGGCUGUUAUUGGUGAGCAAUUGGCCACAGAAGACGAGAUUUGUGGUGCUGUAGUAUCUGUGAGAAAAUCAUUUUACAGAAUUGCUUUAUGGGUCAAGACAAGUAAGGAUGAAGAGAAGAUUGCCAGUAUUAGUAAACAACUUCGCGAUGCUCUUAACCUUCCGGAAGCAAUCACUAUUGAUUUUGUGCCCCAUGGAGAUGCUACGGCUAAACUUGCUGCUGAAUUGGCAGCUACUCAACUUGAAGAACAAGCCGAAAACAAGUCAGCAAAUGAUGAAGCUAGCAAGACUACUGAGACUACUGAGACUACUGAGACUGCUGCUGCUACUACUACUACUGCUUAAAAUUAGAAUGCUUGAAAUAAACUUUAUACAUACACAGUCUAUUGAUUCAAAAAGAAAGCAAAAGAGAGGAGAAUGAAUGAGAAAGAGGAGAUCAGAAAGAAGAGGUCUACGAAAAGGAGAUAUUGUAUACAUUGGACCCUUUUGCUCAAGACAGAAAUUGUUCAUAUAUUAGAGAAAGGGGGAUAAGGCUGUUAUUUUUAAAGAGGAGAAGCACAAAAGGAAAAGAAACGUGAAUGUUUGAAAAGGGGAGAGAAAUAGAGAAAUGGAUCAUUGAAUGAACUUAAAGAACUAGGAGCCAAAAAUAGAAAUGAUGCUCAUGCCAUAGGACUAUAUUUUUUUCUUUGCGUAAGGUAUCUCACUGUGCUCUGUCUUACGAAAAAUUAGACUUUGGCUGUCUCUCUUUCUUUCUUUCUGCGUGUCACUCUCGUCUCUCCUGUGUUGUGCAUUCUUUUUCUUUUUUCUUUCUUUUU